AUGCGCAACCCAAUCUCUGAUACUGGCAUAUCUAUUGUUUAUUCACCAGACGAAGGUGAUCCGCUUGUUGACAUCGUAAUCGUUCAUGGGUUGCAAGGUCAUCCGUUCAAAACCUGGGCCAGUACCAAGAUUCCCAAGCAAGCCGAUUCGCCAGAUCAGUCACUAUUAGGAGUUCCAAGGGACUCGGAAAAGGGCAAGAAUGUUGUACGACGCAUGAUCUCAAAAGUCUCAAAAAGAUCUUCAGCAAAUGCUACACCAAGUCCUCAUCAAACAGAGCCAGAUUUCACAGAGACGUCUACCGACAAAGGCAAAAACAAGCCCGCCCUGGUCUUCUGGCCAGCAGAUCUAGCCCCUAAUGAAUGUCCGAGAUCCCGCAUUCUUGUGUAUGGUUACGACACGAAAGUCUCAAAAUACAUGACUGGUCCAACAAACAAGAAUCAUGUUUUAUCACAUGGAAAGGAUCUCGUAUAUGCACUUUGCAGGGAAAGAACACGGGGCCGACCAUUGGUGUUUGUUGCCCACAGCCUUGGCGGGAUUGUCGUCAAAGAGGCACUCGCAGCGUCUUCAGUUUCGGGAGAUGCCGACAUGAAAAAUGUCAUUGAAUCUACUGCAGCAGUCGUUUUCUUGGGUACACCCCACCGAGGUAGUCCCGAUCUCUCAGCCCUUGGGGAAUGGGCCAGAUCAGUCUUGAGCAUCUUCCGUAUGGAAACGACAUCUGCUAUUCUAGACACACUUGGCCUCAAGACUUCCGAUCUGGAGCGUGCUCAGGAAUCAUUUUCCAGACUUUGGCAGGAGUACGACUUUCGAGUAAAGACUUUUCAAGAAGGCCUCGGCCUGACCGGUAUCCAUCUUGGUGUUCUUGGUAACAAGGUAGUCCCAGACUACUCUUCCUUGCUUGGCGACCAGCGCGAACAGGCUGAAUCUAUCCAAGCUAAUCACAUGGAAAUGUGCCGGUUUACUGGACGAAACGAUCCGAACUACCGCAAAGUCGCGGGUGAACUUCGCUCGAUAUAUGUGUCCAUACAGAGGUUGAAAGAAGGAAAGACUCAUCAAGAUGCAGUGGUAUCGCACCGGGUUCUCGCGUCACGCAUCAAGCCCCGAUCAAGAGGCAGUAAUGACCAAAAGACUCGGAGCGCUGCGGAAAUCCGGCUUGAUAAGCUCAAGUUCCCUACAAUGAACUUGCGAUACCGGAGCAUACCGAAACCGGCACACAACACAUGCUCCUGGCUUUUUGAGCAUGAAAAUUUUCAGGAUUGGCUCCACGGUCGAAAACUGAGUUCGCACCGUGGCCUUCUCUUGCUUCAGGGGAAGCCGGGGGCAGGCAAAUCAGUCUUGAUGAAGGAGGUCUACCGUCAAAUGUCAACGAGUCAAGCUACGAACGACUGUACAACUGCCGCAUUCUUUUUCAAUGCCCAAGGUCAAAGAUUGGAGCAUACUCGCCUUGGAAUGCUGAGGUCUCUGCUGUACCAGAUACUCCCAAAACAUCAAGGACAUCUUGAUCGCUUCAACAGUAUUUGGGAAGACGAGAGUGAUGUGCUCGAAGAGGAUCUCAGAGACCUUCUUGAGUCGAUAUUUUCCAAGCCGUUUGAAAAGAGUGUAUUCAUCAUCAUUGAUGCUGUAGAUGAAUGCGACACUUCAGAAUUUAGGAGGGUAGCGUAUCUCUGGCGAUAUCUCACUGGGCAAGCCUACUCCAAUGGAGUAAAGCUGAACGUUCUCAUGUCUACGAGAGAAUUUCCGAAUAUUCGUCUCUCUGACUGUCCCGGCAUCAGGGUCGACCAUCACAAUCAACGAGAUAUUAAACUGUACAUAGAACAGAGAACCAAGCUGGCAAUGAUUCCGGAGCAGAAACUUUCGCCCCUGAAAGAAUUGAUUUUCGAAAGGUCAAACGGGGUGUUUCUUUGGACUGUCCUUACUUUGGAUCGGGUGCUUGAGAAAUGGGACGAAGGAGAAGGGUUGCUAGCCUUGACGAGGCACGUGACGCAUGUGCCACGCGAAAUUGACGCCUUAUUCACCGAGAUUCUGGAAACGGUCAAUAUCGAAACAACAGAGCUGGCCAUUCGGUUGUUCCAGUGGGCGUCGCUUAUGGUCAAGCCUCUCCGGCUCUAUGAAUGGCAUCACGUUUUGGCAUUCAACAGACAGCCGGUACCCAGUUCAUUACACGAUUGGCGGGCAUCGGAACACUUUACUGAGAGCGACGAGCAACUGGAGAGACAGAUUCGGAGCCUAUCUAGAGGCUUGCUUGAGGUAAGGGCUAUACCUAGCGUGCAAGAUGAUGGCUCAGAAAGAAUGUCAACUCGCGCAGGAGCUGGCUCUCUGAAUCUUUCACACGGGGAGACCAGGGUGGUUGAAUUCAUACACGAGACUGCCCGUGACUUUUUUCUCAAGGGGCAAGGUUUCUGGACUCUCGAUUCACGCCUAAAAGGCAAUGCAGCAGCAGACGGUCACCUCCUCAUCAUGACGAAAUGUCUAGACUAUCUUGACAUUUCUGAGCUGGAUUGUCUAGUCGAGGCACGAAACCAACUGUUACAGGUGCAGGUCCAGCAAUUGAUCGAGAAAGAUGAUACACCGUGGCAAACGUCGCAUUCUCCUGGCAGAAAAGUUUCCGAUGCUCGCUACAGUCCUCCGGUUGACUGUAUGGAGCUAGACAAUUCAGGAAAUGAUGGAGAGAUGGAGAGUGGCAAGGCAAGUCAAGCUUCUGAAUGUGAUGCAAGAGCAGUCGCUGUUCACGAGGGGAUAUGCUCGCCCGAAGAACGCGGUCCAGAAGAGUCACAUUCGGAAGUUGGAAGAAUUGAAACCAAAGAACUUAAUCUACCCUCACUCGCACCAAGACGCGAGAGUCACGCACCAAACAGAUUACAAAGUCAUGCCCCCAUUUAUGAACUGCUCAAAGAAGCAUCUACCGCCAUUUCGGGAAUCGACAUUGAGAAGUGGGUUAUCACGAGUCAGUUCGCAACAAAUCAAAGCACCCAAAAUGAGCCAGAAAGCAACUCCGCGGCCCGUCCCUCGACUCCUGUUUCAACCCGAGUCCUGGAGGACUAUCCAGCGCUCCUCUCGUAUGCCACCCAAGAGUUUGUGACGCAUGCUAAGUUAGCUCAGUCUGCAGGUGCAGAUCCAAGCUCCAUCGUUCGUCGCUUGCUGGACCAAGAUGGGAGAUCCUGGGCUCGGUGGUUGAUCCUCAGAGAAGUAGCAGGUUCGCAAGUCAAGCUACAUGAAUUUGCCGCCAUGAAUGGUCUAUUUUCAUGGGUUGAGUAUAUGUGUGGAGUAAGCGAAUCUGUACCAAGACCUACAAGCGAGCACUCCUCUACUUCCGCUCCGGACCAGACCCGAGUCGCGAUGGACACUGCCCUCGACGAUAUCUUCCAGUACACCCAAGGGCCCACGACAGACAACAAAAUUUGGUUUUGCGUAUACAAGGGAUGCAAGAAGCGAUUUACACGAGAGGAAAAUAUCAAAUCCCACGUGCAAACUCAUCUCAACGAUAGGCAGCACCAGUGCCCAGACUGUCAAAAAUGCUUUGUGCGUCAGCAUGACCUGAAGCGCCAUGCCGAGAUUCAUACAGGCGUCAAACCAUAUCCUUGCGAGUGCGGCACCAGAUUCUCCCGCCAUGACCUUCUUAUUCGCCACCAACAGCGUUGCACCGGCGCUCUUGAAGAUGCCGUGCGCAAGCGCAAGCGGGUGGAAAGCCACCAACCUCAAAAGCAGCGCUCCGCUGCUCAGCGAGGCCGAUCAAGUCGGAUACCCUUUGAUUUCGAUGCUUCUUCCUUUGACUUUUCAUCGAAUACACAACAAAGACAUAAUGACGAUGCUGUCGCGAGCUUUAGUUCCGCCAGUAGCCACACUGGAUCUGUCAUACUGUAG